AUGUCAAUAAUAAAGAAGAGCAGGCUAUUCAAGUUCUUGAAGUUCUGUAAAGUCUAUGUGAGUAGGCGGUUUCAGUUUCUUGAAUACCAUUAUGCGUUUAUCCUUGGAAUGACGAUUUUAAAUUCCAUCAUUUUGUACGGUAGCGGACACUUACAUUACAUUGAUGCUCUAUUUCUUGCUAGUGGAGCCGUUACACAAUCAGGCAUCCCUACAGUGAAGAUAACAGAUAUUUCGAUAUACCAGCAACUUACACUGUUAAUCUUUUCGGUUCUAAGUACGCCGGUGGCCGUCAAUCUUGGACUUACAGUUAUAAAGCUGUACUAUUAUAAUAGGCGUUAUGACAAAGUGCUAAGAGGUAACCGUUUGACGAUGACUUAUACCUACAACACAUUUCGCCCUAGGGAGGAGGCCGAACCCAAUAGGGUAGGUGGUCGAAAAAUUCAAGUGUUGCUGGAUCAGGGAAAUCGUUUACGUCGGCCCGUUGCUCCUUCAAAAGACAAUCAAGAAACCGAGGAAGAGACACAGCCCAAAGGAGGGUUUUCACGCCUUCGCCGUUCACUUAGCACAGUACAAAGACCAAGUACACUUCCUAACAUUCCUUUUUUCAAAUUUCCAAGAAAAUCCGUCGAUUUGGAAAAGCAAGACUCACCAGCGGAAAAUGCUUCUUUUUCAGGGUCGCCAAUUCAUGAUGAAGAUCGCCAUUCUACCCAAAGUGAGUAUCGUGUAAGAAAUAGUGACUAUUCAGGUGCUCCAUCGGCCUCAGCAUCAAACUUAGAUGAAGAAGAGCAUUCUAAUCCGAUCGAGUACUCAUCCCGAGAUUUGGAUGAUAUGAAUCCUCCGUCUCCCUUUGACCGUAGAGAAGAACCUAACCCAUCUACUCAGGUUGAAUAUGCCCCCAGAAAUAAUGACUAUGUAAAUAGUACUGGAGACGAAUCAUCGGGUGGGGACAAUCUGCCAUCCAGACAUUCUAAUGAAUCGAACGAUCCUGAUACUUCAACUCAAAUUAAUGAACGUGAUAGCUCGGCUUCAUCUAAUCGUACGAACUUUUCGGCUCCAAGAGAAACCGUUGCUGGCUCUUUGUCUUCUUCCCAUGGAUCUAAUCCGUAUCCUUCAGAGUACAACAUCACCCGUACCGAUAAUGAACCGCACUCGUUGUCUAAAGAACCAGAUGAAAGCGCCCCUGCUCCUGACAAUUUAGAUCAAGUUUCGACUUCUGGUAACACAGGACGACAAGAAGUUUCCAAUCGUGAAGGUGCAGCAAGUCCAAGGAUUACAAUUGCAAUACCUCCUGCACCUGACCACGAACGAAAGCCGGUUCAUACUGCGGGUUACAACAAGGAUUCCAGUUCUAUAAAAUCUCCUAUGUCUUUUGGUAGAGCCAAUCGAGGUGCGACGUUUUCCUUGACAAAUCGUACCCCAGGAGACAGACAUUCAAUGUCUCUCCUUCCCUCUCAAUUCCGAAAAACAUUUACUUCGGCCUUGCCUGACAGGCUGAAAAGUAGCAAUACUUUUCGUUCGGCAAACACAUCAACCACAAUGCCUUUCCUUUCGUAUCAACCUACCGUUGGAAGAAAUUCUGCGUUUUAUGCUUUAUCUGGUGAGGAAAGAGAAGAACUAGCCGGUAUUGAAUAUCAAUCUCUAAAAGUACUGACUGUUCUAUUGACAAUUUAUUUUUUGCUAUGGCAUGUUCUAGGCUUGGUUGGAUUCCUUAUUUACAUAUAUACUGCAAAGGUUUCCGGUAGGGCAUGUACAAUCGCCGGAAUUAAUCGUGGAUGGUGGGCCGCGUUUACAUCCACUUCCUUAUUUAAUAAUAUUGGAUUUGCUCUGCAUAAUGACUCUUUAAAUCAAUUUCAAAAAGCAAUAUUCCCGCAGGUUAUGGGGACUAUUUUAAUUCUUACAGGGAAUACAUUUUUUCCAAUUGCUUUAAGGCUGAUGAUUUGGUGUUCUCUAUUGUUUAGCAGGUUUUUUAAACCGCAUUUUCAACAAUCUUUAAUUUUUUUACUUGAGCAUCCACGACGGAGCUUUACACUAUUGUUUCCUCCAAAAGUUACGUGGUAUUUAACUGCAAAUUUGGUAGGUUUGAAUUUAGUUUCGUUUUUCUUCUUUAUGGUGCUCAACCUAAGCAAUCAAUAUGUGGAGCAAAUCCCAGUCGGAUACAGGAUUAUGAACGGUAUUUUUCAAAACGCAUCUACCCGAGCGGCUGGUUUUACGGUCGUAGAUAUUGGAAGUAUUGCUCCAGCAUUAAUCGUAAGCUAUAUGUUUAUGAUGUACAUUUCAGCAUAUAUUGCUAUGAGUAUUCGACAAACGAAUGUUUACGAGGAACGUUCCUUGGGAAUUUAUGCACCACCUGCGGAUGAAAGUAGCGAAAGCGAUACCGACAGUUCUGAUAAAGAGCAGCAGCAGCAGCAAGAUGCCAAGACCAAACCUAAAACAGGGAGAAACUAUCUGGUAGAUCAUCUUCAACGUCAAUUAAGUCAUGAUUUAUGGUACAUGUUUUUUGGGUUUUUUCUCAUUACGAUUUUGGAAGGAUCUAGGUUGCAGAGAGCGGAUGAGCCACAAUUUACGCUAUUUUCGAUUUUGUUUGAGGUUGUUUCCGGUUAUGGUACAGUAGGACUGAGUCUUGGAUAUGGGGAUGCGCCGUCUUUGUCUGCUCAAUUUCGAAAAAUCAGUAAACUUGUGAUGAUAGCAUUAGAGAUUCGUGGAAGGCAUCGAGGACUGCCAAGUGCCCUGGAUCGAGCAGUACUUAUGCCAUCUGACAAAAAUUUUGAUCGGGAAGAAGAGGAUUACAUUCGAAAGCAUGGAAAGAAUAAAUGA